UAUGCUUGUUCUUAUUUAUUCCAUUUCCAUUCAUGGAAUGGUUUACAAGUAAAAAAGGUAUUAUUUCACGUUCAGAAGAGUUUCACGCGCCAACUUUUCCUCAUCAUAAGUUGGGUGAAUUCUUAUCGGCAAUGCUGUCUCUACAAUCAAUGACUUUUCUUGGUUUUGCUGAUGAUGUUUUUGAUAUUCGAUGGAGAUAUAAACUUUUAUUACCAACUAUCGCAUCUAUUCCUUUGUUAAUGGUUUACUAUGUAAAUUUUGGGGAAACUCAUAUAGUUAUGCCAUUACCGCUACGAUUUCUACUUGGGAGAGUUGUGGACUUGGCUGGUAUUAAUGGUGUAGAAAUUGGACAAUCAUUAGUUAUCGCAUGUUCAAUUGCAAUCAAUGAUUUUCUUUUCUUAAACGGAUCUAGUCCUUCUAAUCCUGCUAUUGAAGGUCAUUUAUUUUCAUUAUACUUUAUUCUUCCCUUCAUUGGAGUUUCAUUAGGAUUGAUCAUGCAUAAUUGGUAUCCAUCACGUGUUUUUGUUGGAGACACGUAUUGUUAUUUUGCUGGAAUGACAUUUACAGUAGUAGGAAUACUUGCACAUUUCAAUUGUCCGCGACAUCGCAUGCCAAAAUUUAGUCCAACAACGCAAAAGUUAAAUUAUAGCAGAGCUCUCAUGAAAAAACCAUUAGGAAUCCCAGCAUUUGUUAUUCUCAAAAUUUUUUCAUCACUUGGUCUUGUCGAAAUAACUGAAUUAGAAAAUGGUAUUGAAUCGUCAUUAUUAUUCAGAUUUUUACAAGUUGUAUUGCUUUUAUUAUAA